CAACAAUGCCUCCUCCCGGUGUGUGUAUGAGUAUAAUGCAGGAGCGCCACAAGAAAGAGGGUGUUGGGAGUCUUGCCAACCCAGAGAAACACAGCAACCAAGACUUUCAGCAGCUGACGCAAUACUGUUUGGCCAGGGGAGUGAGGUACAUCGAUGAGAUGUUCCCCCCAGACCAUAACUCCAUUGGUGAUGGGCUCCUUUCCCCUGAUGACAUGGGCAGAGUGGUGUGGUUGAGACCAGCGAAAAUGGUACAGUAUCCAGAUUUUAUUGUUGAUGGACUUUCAAGGUUUGACUUUGGGCAAGGAAUGGUUGGAGAUUGCUGGUUUCUUGCUUCCAUUGGGGCUUUGACAUUCCAGGAGCACAUCCUGGAACAAGUAGUGCCCCUAAAGCAAAGCUUUAAAGAGGAUUACUGCGGAAUAUUCCACUUCAGGUUCUGGAGGUUUGGGAGGUGGGUGGACGUUGUGAUCGAUGACAAGCUACCAACAGUUGACGGCAGGCUCGUUUUCGUUCAUUCAAAAACUCCCAAUGAGUUUUGGCCCGCCUUGCUUGAGAAAGCCUAUGCCAAGGUGUGUGGCUCCUAUGCAGACAUGAAUGCAGGGACCCCUUCAGAGGCUAUGAUGGACUUCACUGGAGGGGUUCACAUCACUGUCAAGCUCACUGAUGCUCCACCAAAUCUGUGGGACCUGCUGUUCAGAGCUGCCAAGUCAAAAUCGCUGAUUGGGUGUGGCACACCUCAAGGGGAAACAUCAGCGAACACGGUGACACCCAACGGAUUAGUGAGGGGUCAUGCCUACACCGUCACAGGAGUUAAACAGGUCAUGAGCCAAGGCAUGGUAGUGAAUCUGAUCCGCCUCUUCAACCCCUGGGGCCGGGGAGAGUGGAAGGGAGACUGGAGCGAUAAGUCUUCCAUGUGGCAAACAGUGAGUCCUGACGAUCGGAAGAUGUGUCUGUCAGUGGAAGAGGAUGGGGAAUUCUGGAUGACAAUGAAACAUUUCUGUGAGCACUUCGCAGACGUGGAUAUCUGUUACAGUUUCUGGACAAAUCCCCAGUAUCGAGUGAAGAUUGGGGGAUUGAGCGGGAACUGCUCUGAGACACAGGGGGACAACAACAUGUUGGUGUCUCUGAUGCAAAAGCCUGAUAAAAGAAACAGAUGCCUGGUCAAAAGUCUCCACAUCGGCUUCUCCAUCUUUGAGUUCAAAGGACAGAGUGGGAAGUUUUCUGCCUCCUUCUUCAGCAACAAUGUGCCUGUCGCCCAAUCGAAGAACUACCUGAACGCUCGGGAAGUGAUGGAGUUCUUCAGGCUGAAACCUGGUGAAUACCUGAUCGUGCCGUCAACUUUCAAACCAAAUGAAACCGCCUCCUUCAUCCUGUCCAUCCUCUCCAAGGCAGAGACACACAUCCAUGAAAACUCAAAUGACCAAGAUAUGGAGGAUAUCUUGUUUUCCCCGAAAACCCCAAAGUUUGAGGUGGUGAAUGCUGAACAGCUUCAGAGCUGUCUGAAUGAAAAUCUGAUCCAAGGAAAUACAAAGAAAACACAAGGCUUCAGCUUGGAGUCCUGUCGCAGCAUGGUGGCCUUAAUGGAUACAUCAAUCACUGGAAAACUGAACGUUGCUGAAUUUCUACGUCUAUGGAGAAAAGUUACAGAGUACAAGGACAUCUUCUUCCGCACAGAUGUAGACCGUUCUGGAAUGUUGUCGUUGAGUGAACUGAGGAACGCAAUCAUGGCUUCAGGGAUCAGGGUGGGUGAUGACAUGUUAAACCUGAUGGCUCUGCGCUACGGUGGAUCUUCUGGAAACAUCAGCCUGGAGAGUUUCAUCAGCCUCGUUCUACGCAUGAAUUGCAUGGCCAACAUUUUCCGACAACUCAAUGAUGGAGGGGUCAUAUCUCUUCAAGAGAAUGAGUGGAUGUACAUCUCUAUGUAUACAUAA